AUGACUGGAACAAACAGGUGGUCAGAUGAACAGAAGAACUUUGUCCGCAAUCUGAAGGCAACAGGCGCAGACAACUCAAAAAUCAUCGAGGCUUGUAAUAGUAUGUGGCCUCGCAAUGUUGGUGAUAAAAAUUGGCGUCCGGCUACAAUUGCAUAUAUAUGGGCAGGGCGCCAUGAGAUUUCCAAAUCUGGGAAGGGGCCCAUAUCUAGUAGUCGGACGUCGAUGCAACCGGCUCUACCAGCCCAGCAUGCACCCACUCGGAUCACGAAGCCAGCCUCUAAUGAAUAUCAUGGGCGACAUCCAUCCGCAAGUCCAGCUGGUAUAGAUACUUUUUCUCCAUCUGCGGCUCCAGGCCACCUCCACAAUGACAACCAUGAGCGGCAUCUAUCAGUAAUUCCAGCUGGUAUGGAUGGUUAUCCUCCAUCUACGGCUCCUGGCCAAAUGUACAACAAUAACUAUGGGCGCUUCCUAUCAGCAAGUCCAGCUGGUAUGAAUACUUAUCUUCCACCUGCGGCUGCUGGCCAACUCCAUAAUAAUGACCAUGGCCGCCAUCAUUCCGCAAGUUCAGCUGAUAUGAAUGGUUAUCCUCCAUCUACGGCUCCUGGCCAAUUCCACAGCAACAACUAUGAAAGCCAUCCAUCAGCAAUCCAGCUGGUAUGA